AUGGCGUCCCCUGACCCUCGUCCGUCGAACGACACCGAUCGAAACGACGAAGAGUCCACCCUUCUGACCGGAGAGCGAGUUAACCGUAGCAUCAAGGAUGAUUCCCGUCGUGGCCCUCAUUUCUGGCGUCAGGUUGGGUUGUUUACCUGGGCUCUCGUUGCUACCGCUAUCGUCAUCGUCCUUGCAAUCGUCUAUCAGCAUGAUCACUCCAUCCCGAAAGACCCUCAUAAAGCUAGACACACUGGGAAGAGGAACAUGAUAUUCAUGGUGUCGGAUGGAAUGGGGCCUACCAGCUUGUCUAUGACUCGCUCGUUCAGACAGCAUGUUGACAAGCUUCCUAUCGAUGAUAUCCUGACUCUGGACAAACAUCAUAUCGGAUCGUCUAGAACGAGGUCGUCCAGCAGCCUGGUGACUGAUUCGGCCGCCGGAGCUACCGCCUUCUCGUGUGGAAUGAAGAGUUAUAACGGCGCUAUCUCGGUUCUUCCGGACCACACCCCCUGUGGAACCGUUUUGGAAGCUGCUAAGGCCGCCGGUUACAUGACCGGUUUGGUCGUCACCACACGAAUCACGGAUGCCACUCCCGCCUGCUUUUCUUCCCAUGUGAACAUCCGUGGUUACGAAGACUUGAUCGCCGAGCAUCAGCUUGGUGAAUAUCCUCUUGGUGUACAGGUUGAUCUUAUCAUGGGUGGUGGUAGAUGCCACUUCCUACCCAACUCUACCUCUGGGUCUUGUCGUGCUGAUGACAAGGAUUUGGUCAAGCUUGCAAAGUCUAAAGGCUUCCACUACUUUGACGACCGCAGUGGGUUCGAUGCUCUGAAGCAGGGCAAGGCUGCCAAACUGCCAUUGCUAGGACUCUUGGCUCCAAAAGAUAUUCCUUUUGAAAUCGAUCGACGUUUCCAACAGCGAGCAUGGCUUCUUAUCAUGAUUGAGGGCUCUAGAAUCGAUCAUGCUGGCCACGGCAAUGACCCAGCUGCUCAGGUCUAUGAGGUUUUGGCGUACGACAAGGCAUUCAAGGCCGUUCUGGAGUUCCUUGAAAACGAUUCUACCCCUGGUGUUCUCGUCAGCACAUCCGACCACGAAACUGGUGGCCUUGCCGCCGCAAGACAGCUCCACGAGACAUAUCCGGAGUACCUCUGGCUUCCCGAUGCCCUUGCAAACGCUACCCAUUCUUCCGAGUAUCUCGAGCCCAAGUUGAACGCCUACCUCGAAGGAAAAGGUCAUGGCCAAUCCCGAGAUAAGAAGCGCGAAUACAUCCGCGAAGAACUCAUCAAGCCUGCUCUCGGAAUCGUCGAUACCACCGAUGCCGAAAUUGAUCGACUUAUCGAUAACACCGGCAACCCUGCUGCGUAUCUCUUCGCCGACCUUAUCAGCCGCAGAGCCCAGAUAGGCUGGAGCACCCACGGUCAUUCUGCCGCUGAUGUUAGUAUCUUUGCCUCGUCUCCUCAUGACGCUCUCCCAUUGGUUGGUAGCCAUGAGAACACUGAAGUGGGAAAAUUCAUUGCGACCUACCUCGAUCUUGACUUGGAUGCCAUCACCAAAAAGUUGAAGGGUGUUAAGACCAAGCCGUCAACCAGCAGCGAAGAUUCUGGCCCCGACUACUCCUGGAUGGGCAAGCCACUCGACAAGGGCGUGGUUGUUGAUGAGCUUGAUACCUACCAUGGAGACUUUAAGCGCCGCCUAAGAAAGAGGGGCCCUGAUGAGCCUGCCCAUGAAGAACGAUCGGACUGUGGAUGCGGUAGCCAUUAG